AUGGUAGCCAAGUUCAAGUUAUGGGGGAAGGAGGUGUGCGUAAAAACCAUCAAAUCACCAGGGUUGAGCAGGAAACAAUUUGAGAAAGAAGCCGCAAUCCUUGCUACGGUUCAGCAUCCAAAUGUCGUACGAAUGAUAGGGUGCGCUUUCCUAGCUAAACAAAAGAGUGGGCUGUUAGUAAUGGAACUCAUGGAACAUGAUCUACGCACGGUGAUUGAUAACAGGUGCCCGAACCCAGGUACAGGACGCAGCCCCUUCCCUCUCAUCGUGGCAAUCGACAUCAUGUUCCAAAUAGCAGAAGGAAUGCAGUACCUCCGAGAGCAUAAGAUCCUGCACAGGGGUUUGAAGGCGAAGAACAUUCUCGUCAACCGGUGCAAGCGUGUCCGCCGAUCUCUGAGCAGGAAGUUCCGAAACUUGGCACCUUUGUUACAACCCCAGGACUACUACAUCGCCAAGCUAGCUGAUUUUGGCAUUGCAAAAGCACGCCAACUGUCCACAAACAACGUGAUGACGAAGAUGGCAGGGACAACUCCUUGGAGAGCACCGGAGGUGUUCAACGAACCGGACUUGGAGACUUCUCAUUACUAUCAGUGGCCUGCGGAUGUCUACAGCUUCGCGAUGACAUGCUACGAGAUCCUGACUGGGAAGAUUCCUUUCGACGGAGUACCCAAUGGCAAGAUCUUCAAGAGCAUUCUGGCCAACGAGAGGCUUUCCUUGGAAGGAGUGUUCAUGUCCCAUGUUUUGAAGGACCUGAUCGAGCGUUGCUGGGCGACUGAUCCCAAGGAAAGGCCCAGCUGGGCUGAGAUCUGCAGGAAGCUGUGGCAGUGCCGGGUGAAGCACUGGCGAAGCCGAGUCCCUCUCCACGGUGAGCACCCUCCCCAUCCCCACCGUGACACCAGCAUCUGA